ACAUCAAUCAUAGUCAGCAUAGACGCAAUCAUCAAAAAACGUAUUCAAGCAUAAAUAGCAAACAAAACAAGUUAACAAUUUUGGCCAAAAACCAUACAAAUAUUGAUCCAUCAUGAUGAAAAGCACCGACAAUAUGCCAUUGGUUGAGGAGGGCGUCGAACCGCCGCCAAAUGAGACACGCCUAACCAUUUGGCAUAAGGUAACAAAUGCCACUUCGACUACUUGCAACAGCAGCCCAACUGCAAAGAGCUCGAACUGCAGUCGACGCCGCUGGCUGUGGUUUGGACUUUUGACACCCGCCUUGAUGGCGCUAACUGGGUUAAUUUUCUAUCAGCAGGGACUUUGGUAUGGCCUGGCUGCGCUCUAUGGCAGCUUAAUGCUGCUGCUGCUAAUCAAGCCAGGCUGGCGUUGGUUCUAUAUAGCUGCAGUAACUGGACCCAGAGAUACUGUCGGCGUUAUUGCCUACAUACGUCUGCUGCUGUUUGUAAAGCGUCAGCAGCGCAAGAAUCUGAAUGUGGCUGACCUCUUCGAGGCCAAUGUGGCGCAGCAUCCCGAUAAGCUCGCCAUAAUCAGCGACUCGCAGCAGUGGAGCUUUCGGCAGUUGAAUGAGCACGCGAAUCGCGUUGCCAACGUUUUUCAUAGUCAUGGCUAUAAGAAGGGCGAUGUGGUGGGUCUGCUGCUGGAGAAUCGCGCCGAGUUUGUUGCCACUUGGCUGGGCUUGUCCAAAAUUGGCAUCAUUGCUCCUUUGAUCAAUACAAAUUUGCGUGGCACUUCACUGCAGCACAGCAUUAAAGUUGGACAAUGCACUGCUUUGAUUUAUGGCAGCAGCUAUAGAACGGCUGUCAUGGAUAUAGCCAGAGAUCUGCCAGCGCAUGUGGCGCUAUAUCAGUUCAAUGAUGCUGGCCAGACUAGCGUCAGCUCUGAGGGUUUGGCUCAGGGACUGUCGCAGCAGUUGAAUGAGCUGCUGCAUGCUGCACCCAAGGAUAAAGUCGCCUCUGGUGCAAGUCGUGCCGAUCAUCAUGAUAAACUGGUUUAUAUUUAUACGUCGGGCACUACGGGACUACCCAAGGCAGCGGUUAUCACUCAUGCGCGCUACUUCUUUAUAGCAGCUGGCAUACAUUACACUCUAGGAUUCAAGGACAAGGAUGUUUUUUACACUCCCUUGCCGCUUUAUCACACCGCUGGUGGUGUCAUGAGCAUAGGUCAAAUGCUGCUCUUUGGCUCCACUGUGGUCAUACGCAAGAAAUUCAGUGCCUCCGGCUACUUUGCAGACUGCGCGCGUUUUAAUUGCACAAUCGGACAAUAUAUAGGCGAAAUGGCGCGCUAUAUACUGGCCACAGCAGCAGCGCCACAUGAUCGCGAGCAUCAGAUACGCUUAGUAUUUGGCAAUGGACUGCGCCCGCAGAUUUGGCCACAGUUUGUGGAACGCUUCAACAUAGCCAAAGUGGGCGAGUUCUAUGGCGCCACCGAGGGCAAUGCGAAUAUUAUGAACAAUGAUAAUACAGUGGGUGCCAUUGGUUUCGUUUCACGCAUAUUGCCACAAGUGUAUCCCAUCAGCAUUAUACGCGCCGAUCCGCAUACGGGCGAGCCGCUGCGCAAUGAGCGCGGACUCUGCGAGCUGUGCGCACCACAUGAGCCCGGCGUAUUCAUAGGCAAGAUUGUCAAGGGUAAUCCUAGUCGUGAGUUUUUGGGCUAUGUGGAUGCCAAGGCGUCGUCCAAGAAGGUUGUGCACGAUGUUUUCUGCAAAGGUGAUAUGGCUUUCAUCUCUGGCGAUUUGCUGGUGGCAGAUGAGCGUGGCUAUUUGUACUUCAAGGAUCGCACGGGUGAUACUUUUCGCUGGAAGGGCGAGAAUGUUUCUACCAGCGAGGUAGAGGCGCAGCUGAGCAAUCUUAUUGCCUACAAGGACACAAUAGUCUAUGGUGUGUGCAUACCGCAGACUGAGGGACGCGCCGGCAUGGCAGCCAUUUAUGAUCCUACACGAGAAGUUAAUGUUGCCACACUGGGUGCACAACUCGCCGCCAGCUUGCCCAACUAUGCGCGUCCAGUGUUUCUGCGCUUCCUGCGUCGCAUCGACUUGACGGGCACGUUCAAGCUGCGCAAGGUGGAGCUGCAACAACAGGGCUUUGAUCCAAAUGUCAUUGAGGAUGAGCUGUACUAUGUACAGCCAGAUGGCAGCUAUGCGCCUCUUACACAAGUCAUCUACGAGCGCAUUCAACUCAACGAGCUGCGCUUCUAAACGCAGCAGCUUAGACUAAUA